AUGAAACAAAAGUCACUCAUAAAGCUCCUGAUUCUCCUCGUUGUAGUACUCGUAAUCUUGAACGUAUACUAUAAUGUACCAUCUAAACAAUCGAUAGAUCCUCCUUUGGUCCAUUUCAAACCUGUAGUGUCUCCAAUCGAAACAUUGCAAAUCCCAAAAACCGUGCAUCAGACUUCAGCCAAAUCUACCCUUGACGACAGGAUGAAAUCAUGGCAGGAUAUGAAUCCUGGAUACGACUAUAUAUUGUGGUCUGAUGCGCAAGUGGAUUCCUUUGUUUCGACUGAGUUUCCUGAACAUUAUUUGGACUUUGCACGAUUACCAAAACCUGUUUACAAGGCAGAUUUAUUUCGAUACUUGCUGCUGUACAAACUUGGUGGCAUUUAUUCAGAUACAGACACUCAAUGUCUCAAGCCAAUAUCAACAUGGACGAAUGACGCCCCCAAUAUGAUUAUCGGAAUUGAAUUGGACUCAAGUGAACCACUACCUGGACUUAAACAUCGAUUGCAAUUCGUGCAGUGGACUAUGGCUGCAUCUCCACGGCAUCCAUUGAUGCAGAUGGUCAUUGAGCACGUCAUGAGGAAACUGCAGUCGGCACCAAUAGGAGCGUUGGAGAGUGCGACUGAAUUUGAAUUGGAGACAUAUACCGGACCAGCGAUAUUCACCGAAGCAAUAUACGCAUGGCUGAAACUCGAAGGAAUUGAAUGGUCUGCCCUCCAACGACUAAGAGGCCCCCGCACAAUCCGCGAUGUGCUCUUCCUCCCCAUAACAAGCUUCAAUCCCACCAACACAAACAUGGGCUCUGAUGGACCGUGCAACAACUGGGCCUUCGUGAUGCAUAACUUUGCUGGAUCUUGGAGAGCUGAUGAUUCGAAAUUCAAGCUUGAUACGCUUAUUGCUGAUCGCGGGACUGUCGUGCUGCAGGCUGGGGAUGUUAUAGCGGUUGUGGAUCGCAGAAGGGGGUUGGUGAAGGAUGAGGAUGGGAGGGAGGUUAGGUUUACUUUUGUUCAGGUUACGAAGGAGAUACGAGUUGGGAGGCGGGUGUUGUGGCAGAGUUUGUUUGCUAGCCCGUGGGAAUUCGAUGGUCAACGCCAUGUAAAGAUAAAACAAGUUGAAACAACUCUUGUCAAGUUUAAGCAGAUACCUGAAUCUGAAGAACUCGAAUACUGUUUGAAUGAUAUUAUAACUGAUACGAAUGGAUCUAUAUUUAGAAUACGUGUUGUAGAUAUUCCAGAAGGCUCAUUGUUUGUCGAGCUCAAACAGGAGGAUUUCGACACCAUAACGAGGUGGGCCAUAAGUGCUCGAGAUUACGGGCAGAUUUGGAAUGGAGCUUAUUCACUACUCAUAGUCUGCUACCUCCACCAUCAACCUCGUCAACUUGCAAAAGAAGUGCAGACGCCAAUAGUACAACCAAUCAUCCACGAACCAACUCACGAAGGCCGCAUACCGAGGAUACUUCAUCAGACUGGCAAGACUGGAGCUCAAUUUGAAGAAAAGACGAUUGUGCGAGUCAAUACGUGGAAGAAAUUAAAUCAGGACUGGAGGUACCGGUUUUGGACGGAUGAGGAAAUUGAGGUGUUUGUGAGAGACGAGUUUCCAGAGUAUUUUGUUGCUUUUUCGAGGUUGCCUCGUCCUAUAUUUAAAGCAGAUGUAUUCAGAUAUCUCGUUAUAUUGAAAUAUGGUGGUGUUUACGCUGAUCUAGACACUGAAUGCCUCAAACCCAUAUCGAAAUGGACGUAUGAGCAUAAUCACGUCGAUGCAAUCAUUGGAAUGGAGUUUACAGAUGACGAACACCUCGAAAUCCUCCCCGAAACAAUCCAAUUCUGCCAAUGGGUAUUCGCUGCUCGUGCCAACCACCCUUUAAUACAAACAGUCGUAUCAUAUGUAUUCGAACGCCUAAAGGGACUCAGUACAGCAUAUAUGGAGUCCGCCAAUGAAGCCGCAGUACUGGAUAUCACUGGGCCGGUAGUUUGGACACGAGCAGUGUUUUCGUAUCUGAAUAGGAUUGAAAAGUUUGGAAAGACGAAUCUGAGAUAUAUGCGAACGUCGUAUCUGUAUCAUUCAGUGACGUCGGAGAAUGUAUUGGUGUUGAGUACGACGGGGUUUAAUCCGACGAAUGUGUGGAAUGGGGCAGAAGGACCAUGCAGUCCAUACGCAAUGGUACUACACAGAUUCUCAGGCUCGUGGCGCGCUGCAGACUCGGUUUUUAAUUCCACGCAGGACAGUCACUUGAUAUCAAAGGGCACAGUGCUAUUCGAGGUUGGUGAUAUCCUGCCGUUUGUCGAUAUGCCACCUAUGAUGGAUAUCAUGACUCAUGGACGGAAAGGAAACUUUCGGUUUGUGCUAGUUGAGCUGACACGGCCGUACCAAUUGAGCUAUGCGUUGCCAUGGAGUGAUUUGAUGGGCAAGCCACUCGAACAAUUCUCAACACGAGCCCUCAACGCAACGUCCAAAUCAAUCGGCUUCCUCCUCCCACACUCGACAACACACGAACGCAGAUACUGCCUUGACGAUCUAAUCCUAAACGGCAUCAAACAACCUUUCGUGCUGGGCGUAACUAGACGUCCCGUUCGCCCUGAACUCGUAGAUCAGCUCCCGCUGGGUCGGGAAUCUAGUGAAUUAAUGGUGGAAAUACUGGAAGAGAGUAGACGGUAUCUGUCGUUCGUGUCUCGUUUGACGAGGGAACGGAAACGAGAGUAUGGACUUGUGUGGCAGAGUAGUUAUUGCCUGCAAGUAGAGGCGAGGUUUGAGAAUAAUACGUGUCGCCCGCCACGGCAUUUUGGUAUAUAG